ACCCCUCCAACGCUCAAUUUUAAAACGUUUUCACUUUUUUAAAACAUUUUAAUGGCUUCUUCAUCCCAUUAUCAUUACCACAAAGACGACGAUAACGAUGAUUUUAGUAACGUCUUCGAUGAUUUUCUCGAAAACACUGAUUUUUUUCCAGAACCAAAAGAGCGAAAAAAACAUACUUUUAUCGAGAGAAACCGGGAAGAAGGCCACGAGAAGCUUUGGAAUGAUUAUUUUAGCAACACUCCAACAUACCCUCACCAUUUAUUCCGACGACGAUUUCGAAUGAACAAAUCAUUGUUCAUGCGUAUUGUGCAUCGUCUCUCCACAGAAGUACCGUAUUUUCAACCGACACAAGAUGCAGCAGGACGGUCUAGUCUAUCACCACUCCAAAAAUGUACUGCAGCAAUUCGUCAACUGGCAUAUGGUGGUGGGUCUGAUACAGUUGACGAAUAUGUACGACUUGGUGAAACAACAGCUAGAAAAUGUUUGCACCAUUUUACCGCUGGAAUAAUCCACUUGUUUGCCGACGAAUACUUAAGACGUCCCACACCGGAAGAUCUGCAAAGACUACUCCAAAUUGGCGAACAACGGGGAUUUCCGGAAAUGAUUGGGAGCAUCGACUGUAUGCAUUGGGAGUGGAAAAACUGCCCUACCGCGUGGAAAGGAAUGUAUUCACGAGGAACCGGAAAACCAACAAUUGUAUUGGAGGCGGUAGCUUCAUCUGAUCUCUGGAUAUGGCACGCGUUUUUUGGAGCUCCAGGUACUAUGAACGAUCUUAAUAUUCUUGAUCGAUCACCUGUUUUUGAUGAAAUUAUUAACAGAAAUGCUCCGGAAGUCAAUUUCUAUGUUAACGGCAGAGAGUACCAUUUGGCUUACUAUCUUGCCGAUGGUAUUUAUCCGAAAUGGGCAACUUUUAUUCAAUCUAUCCGACUCCCACAAGGUCCAAAGAAUUGUUUAUUUGCUAAAAACCAAGAAGCCGUCCGAAAAGAUGUUGAGCGUGCCUUCGGAGUCCUGCAAGCUAGAUUCGCCGUUGUUAGAAAUCCAUCUAAUUUAUGGGAUAAAAAGAAAAUAUGAAAUAUUAUGAGAGCAUGUAUCAUACUCCAUAAUAUGAUUGUCGAAGAUGAACGAGAUUCAUACACUCAGCUUAACGCUUCUGAAUUUCAACAUGGAGAAGAUGGGGAUCCUACAUUUGAAGUUAGGAGGACUACAAAUCUCGGUAAUACAAUGGGUCGUCGAGCAGGAGUUCGGGAUAGACAAGGCCAUAAACAAUUAAAAGAUGAUUUGGUUGAAAAUAUAUGGACUAAAUUUGGACAUCUCCCAAAUAACUACAAUGUUUAAGUUUCUAUGAAUUCAAUAAAAUGUUUUUUUUUUCUUUUUUCGAAUUUUUUUUUCACUUUUUUAAUUUUCUCAUGUAAUCAGUCGUUUUGUAUUAUAUGUUUUAUUCUAAAUUUAUCUUUUAUAUGUCAUUACUAAUUAUAAUAAUCUUAUUACUUUGCUAAGAUACUCCAAAAAGUCCUACCAAUAAUCCUAUUAUUUUGGAUUGUCCCUAACUUUUGUCCUUAACAUCAAAAUAAGAUUAAACUAAUCUAAGGAACCAAAAAUUAAGGACACCAAUAAUGUUGCCUGUCGAUUCACUAACUCGCUACACAGCUCCCAAGACAAAGAGUUUUCAGCUCAUAUUUAUAAAGCUCACAACACCCACUAGAAACAACAUACCCUACUACAUCGAAAUUAGGUUGAUAAAGUUCGCCAUGUCACACAACGUUGAGAAUCUGUCCCUCGAUUUCUCUCGUAGUUAUUAUUAUUAUUAUGGAUAUAUGCUUCCUGAUUUCUUCUACAGCAGUUCUUCUGUCAAGCAACUCACCAUGACGUUAGGCUCUUACCAGACGAUUGUUCCCGAGUGCACUGUGUCUUGGACAUCCUUGCAGAAGUUAUCCUUGAGAUUUUGUAGACUCUCUGAUGAAUCAAUGGCCAAGAUUCUAUCCGGUUGUCCUGUCCUUGAGAACUUAACAUUGUAUCACUGCAGUGAACUAGAGGUUCUUGAUCUCAGCAAAUCUCUACGUCUGAGAACAUUCGUGAACGUUUGCGGGCCAAACCAGAUUUUGCAUGACUCUCACUUAUCAUGUUCUUUGGUUGAUAUCGCCUCUUUGACCGAAGCUAAUCUGGAAAUUUCCUCUAUCCCAUUGAACCCUGAAUUUAAUGGUGUUUUUCUCCAAGGCACGGUAAAGAUGCUAAAAGAGUUAAAGAACGCAGAGAAGCUUAAGCUUGGGAGAAACUUUAUUCAGGUACAUAUUUAUUGCAUUCUCUAAUGCCUAAAAAAUCAGUUGGUUGCACUUAUCAAUGUCUUCUAUAUGGAUUAUUUUCUCAUUAGACGUUGAAUUUAUAUAAGUUCUCUAAGAACGUUUGAAUUGUUUUCAUUCUGUUAGAUUUUAUCUCUUGCUGAGAUUGGUGGUGUUCCUUUUCCGAUGUUCAAGGUCAAAGUAUUGACUCUUGAUACUAUGAUCUGUCAGUGUGUCAUUCCUGGUAUAGAAAGACUGUUACAAAACUCUCAUGAUUUAGAGAAGCUAAUAAUAAGUGGAAGGAGUUGCAGCAGCAUACUGGAGGGGGUGCAUCUUGCUGAAUACUUCAAAUCGCAAUCCUUGAAUACAUAUCAAUGCUGGAGAUCAAAAGAUGGUUUCAACUGGAAUACGUCUUGUUGGAAUUUACAACCAAAGCAUGUCACUUCAUUUGUGGAGCUUGUUCUUAAAAACACGGAGAAAUUAGACAAGAUGGACGUACUGUUGGAUGAGCGUUACGUUAAGUUUAAAACUGAAGACGUGGUGGUUCCAACACUCUCUCCCAAUCGCAAUGUCACCAUUGUGCUCUCCUCCACCACUAAGUUGAUUGACAUCAUCAUAUGAAUGGUGAUUCAUAGGGGUAAGUCUUUUGAGUGUCAUUGAACAUGUUUUAUUUAUUUAUUUAAUAUUUAACAUCGAGUCUAUUGAAACACAAUAAAAGAAAACCUUCAGUCCCAUAUAAGUGGACUUUUUAAGAGCAUAUAAAAAAAAGGGUUAAUUUGCUAAAUAGCCAAUUUUGGAGGCAAAAUGAAGAAUAUAACUAUGAUUUUGACAUUAUUAAGUCACUAACAAUCUUUUCCAAGUUUCAUCCGGUUUUAUCCUUUUUCAUAACAAGUUGCAGGUGAAAAAAAGAAAAAGUGAUGACGUUGAUGGUGAAAAAUAUGUGGACCUAAAAAAUCAAGAUUUAAUUGGUAAGAAAAUCAACAGUGUUCAACAAUGGAGGAUGGAUGGUGGUGGUUACCGCAAUGGCAAUGGACGGAGAUGUGGUGGUGAUGGUUUCAACGACGGUGUGAAAACUAUGGUGGUAGUGGUUAUGGAGAUUGAAGCGGUCGUGGAUACAUGAAAAAGAUGAUCUUUCAUGAUAAAAAUUACUAUGGUUGUGGUGGUGUUCGUGGUAAUCACCAACAUAAUUAAUGUGGUUGAAGAAAGAGACAUUAUAAAUAGAAUGGAACAUAUCAAAUAGUCUAGUACAUAUUGUUUAAAUUUUGAAAUAUAUAUGAUUACAAUGAAAGAAGUAAUGCAUACCCCAACGUUAACUCAAACCUUCAAUAAACUAAACCCAAAACACUAAUCAC